AGAAAAAAAUUCAAAAUGGAGGUUCGGAGUUAGGAUCGGAAAGCCGUUUGUUUGUAAUUUCUUGAGUCGUGACUCGUGCGAUUCCGAUUCUGAGUAUCCCUUCUUCCUUCAAUUCGCAAACACGCGCAGACCGCAGAGAGAGAGAGAGUUGUGGAAAAUGGAAGGUGUUGGCGCCAUCUUCCUCGACUCCAAUUUAGAGGCUGUCGGACUUGGAGGUGCAAAAGCAAAGAGAGUGAAAGUGGUGAAGGGAGAUUCUGUUCCUGUGGCCAACGUGGGAGCUUCCCAGAACAAAAUUCUUGCUGACAUAAGCAACUUACCCCAACAACCAAAGCAACACAUCUCUGUUGAUCACCUUCUCAAGGAAAAGGAAACGUUGAUAAAGCUUCUUGCUAAUAGAGAUGCCAUUAUAGAGUCGUGUAAAGCUGAGCUGCACAAGUGUCAAACCAAUUUUCAGAAACUAAGGAAGCAAAAUGCGGAACUUGCCCUCACAAAUGCUCAAAUGCUGGCGGAGCUUAAUUCAAGUAGGCAGAAGCUAAGGGAACUUCAGCUUGAACUAGGAAGCAAAAAUGGUAUACUCAAUGCUAUGAGAUUAGAAUUGACGCUAAAAGAGCAAACAGAUAAAACGAAGCAUGAAACUGAUGCAAAUGAGGUGAGAGCAUGUCAGAGUAAGCUGUCAGAUCAGUCAUUGCAAGAAGAUAACAAGGGGAAUGCAAAAAGGAAGAGAGUGUCCAAACCUCAAUCUUCUGCACCUGCUGUCAUUAAACAAGUCAAAUCCACUGGAAAGGUCGACAAUCAGAGGUAUAGUUUGCGAAGGCAAUCUGCAGGGUUGAAAGCUGAAAAACCAGAACCAACAAAAGAUUCCUUGGAGGUGGUUGAAGUCAAAGAUGAUAUUUCACAUCUACAAGAAAAUUUGGCCAAUGAAAAUGGACCAACAUCAUUGGGGUCAAAGGUCCAUGACGAAGCCAGAGAAGCUACUGAAUCUUCGAGACCUACUAACACAGAGCAAGUUCAUGUUAAAAAGAAUAUUGAAAAGAAGAGGCAGAGUAUGAGAAGACAGACUAACAGGUUCAGGCCUGGGAAUCCAGAACCAGCUGAAGACUUCUUUAAGAUAGAUGAUGCAAAAUUUACUGUCUCCCAAUUAUCUGAUAAUAUGUCAGAAAAAAAUUGUCCAACAACAUCAACUGUAACUUCUGAACAAGAAAAUGACGCCUGUACAUUUGAGCCUCAGGAAACUCGUAGAUCAUCUGUUGGGCGGCCAUUGCGUCGGACAGUUGAGAAGAUUGUGUCCUACAAGGAAGUUCCACUUAACUUGAAGAUGCGCAGAGAUAAAUCAGGUUUAUGGACUACUUUGUGAGGCAAGCUAGGAGGUGACGUGCUAUCUACAAUUGUCUGCAAUGUAUCAACUCGCUCUCAAAACAAAGGAACAUGUUUAGUGGAUUUUUUUGACUUUGGUGCUCCUUUGUUUUGACCAUAUCUAGAGGAGGACACAUUGAAGUUGAAGUAGUGUAUGAAAAAUGCUAGUUUAUGAACAUUAGUCGUGAAUGUAAUUUUUCUAGCCA